CAUCCCACCCAACGACCCAAGUAUUCAUUCCCCAAAAGUAUAAUUCGUCGCUACUCUUUAUAUAUAAAUAAUCCCAGCUUUUCUUGAAAAAUGGCGGUCGCCGGAGGCGGCAGCUGCGCAAACAUGGUUAACACAGCCAUACACGUCCUCAAGGGGCGGUGGUUCAUGGUGUUCGCCACCAUUCUCAUCCUCUCCGCCUCCGGCGCCACCUACAUGUUCGGCCUCUACUCCGGCGACAUAAAGUCCACUCUGGGCUACGACCAGAGCACCCUCAACUUACUCAGCUUCUUCAAGGACUUAGGCGCCAACGUCGGCAUCCUCGCCGGCCUGGUCAACGAAGUCACUCCGCCGUGGGCCGUGCUCACCAUCGGCGCCGGCCUCAACUUCUUCGGCUACUUCAUGCUCUGGCUCGCCGUCACCGGGAAAAUCCCAGCCCCGAAAGUCUGGCAGAUGUGCCUGUACAUUUGCGUCGGCGCCAAUUCCCAGUCAUUCGCCAACACCGGCGCUCUGGUCACCUGCGUCAAGAACUUCCCCGGCAGCCGCGGCGCCGUCAUCGGCCUCCUGAAAGGCUUCGUCGGCCUCAGCGGCGCGGUGUUCACCCAGCUGUACCACGCGAUCUACGGCGGCGAUUCCAAGUCCCUGAUUCUGUUGAUCGCGUGGGUCCCGGCGGUGGUCUCGGGACUCUUUCUCCGGACGGUGAGGAUUAUGAAGGCGCCGUCGAUCGCCGACGAGCUGAGAGUGUUCUACAGGAUCCUGUACGCGUCCCUGGGAUUGGCCGGGUUUCUGAUGACCAUUAUUAUUCUCCAGAAGAAAUUCGGUUUCAAUAGAACGGAAUAUAGUCUUUGUGCCGCCGGGGUUCUUGUCCUGCUCUGUUUGCCUCUCGGGAUUGUGAUCAAGGAGGAGAUCGGAAUUUGGAACAAGAAGAAGAUAGCGACGGUUGUCGUCACGGUAGACCAGAGGCCGCCGUUGACCGGUGGAGUCACCGGUGGUUUAACCCAAGAAAGCGGGAAGACAGAGAAAAUGAGCAUCAAAUGGUGCCGGAGUUUGGAAAGCUUAAGAUCAACUCCAGUGGAGAAAAGCGAGGUUUCUUGCUGGAAGUCGGCAUUCCGGCCGCCGGAGACGGGGGAAGACCACACUAUAAUCCAAGCGCUCUUUAGCGCCAACAUGUUGAUUCUCUUAUUAGCCACAAUCUGCGGCGUAGGAGGGACGCUGACGGCGAUCGACAACUUGGGACAGAUCGGGGCGUCGCUCCGGUACCCGAAACAGAGCAUCGGCACAUUCGUGUCUCUGGUGAGCAUAUGGAACUACGCCGGCAGAGUGGUCGCCGGAUUCCUGUCGGAGCAUUUCCUGGCGAAGUACAGGUUCCCCAGAACUCUGAUGCUCACGGGAGUCCUUCUGGCGGCAGUCGCCGGCCACCUGCUGAUCGCCUUCGACGCCCGCGGCGGGCUCUACGUGGCGUCGGUGAUCAUAGGGUUCUGCUUCGGGGCCCAGUGGCCGUUGAUUUUCGCCAUCAUCUCCGAGCUCUUCGGGCUCAAGUACUAUUCCACCCUGCUCAAUUUCGGGUCGGCGGCGAGCCCGAUCGGGUCGUACUUGCUGAACGUGAGGGUGGUGGGGCACCUGUAUGACAGAGAGGCGGAGAGGCAGAUGAGAGCGUUGGGGAAGACGAGGAAGGGAGGGGUAGAAUUGGAAUGUGUUGGGGUUGAGUGCUUCAGAUUGGGGUUUCUUAUCAUCGCCGCCGUCACGGUUUUUGGAGCCGCCGCGUCGGCCGUCUUGGUGGUUCGGACUAGCAAGUUCUACAAGAGUGACAUUUAUGAGAAGUUCCGGGAGGAGGCCGAGACUGAACCAAAUCGGAGUACAAAUCUGGCACAGAACUAAAGUAUCCUUCGAAAUCUUAAGAGGAACAAAACUUUUUUUAAGGUACUUUUAUUUAAUUUGUUGUUGAUGUAUAAUUGUAUAAAUAUACUCUUGAGAAUUGAGAUUGAGUUUUAUUGUCAUCGCCGCCGUCAUGGUGUUCGGAUCCGCCGUGGCGGCCAUCUUGGUGGUGAGGAUUAAGAGCAUUUUCAUUAGUGAUGUUUGAAACAUGUCUAAAAAUAAUGUCCAAGUUAUACUGGACAUUUAGUUGAAUAAUGACUAAUGGUCUUA